CCUCUUCCAGCACUGAUGGUCACUGAAAACACAAGCAAGGGCUACCAGUUAGUAUUGAAUGACAGUGCCCUGUUGGAUUUCAUGUAUCCCAUUGUUUUAUGAUCCUGCUUUUCAGAAAGGUCACUUUAGUUUUAUGUAGGAAAAGGAGCCUUUUCUUCAGCUCCCCCUUGAAGUGCUAAGUUGAUGCCCUUCCCUCGAAGCCUCCCCAUGACCUGAGUGGGCCUGAAGGUCAUAAACCACAAUCAAUAUGGAGGCUCGUUGCUGGGAGGUGCUAAUUGACAUCCCCAAAGAGGAACAGUGUCAACAAUCAAUAGAGAAGACAGAGCCCUGGUAGAUUUAUGGCUUUGAUUUUGAAAAGGUAUGGGAAUGCCCAGUGAUGUGUUCCCACCCCGUACUCCUUCUGAAUGUUAAUGUUUUCUUGAAGAUGAUUUCAGACACACUGCGAGGAUCCUGCCUCUACUCACUGAAGCAGAAUCCUCUGAAGAGUUGCUGAGGCAGAACUGAAAUCGUGGCUCGCCUCAAAGAAGCAGCUGUAGUGGCCGCUAAUGACGCCUCACGCAGGAAGACGAUGCUGCUUUAACUUGGGCUUUUAAUGGCAAGUUUCUAAGCCUGAAACAGCAGCUUUAGACCUGGGGUGUGCCAUUAACUCCUUGCAGCUACCAUUGUCUACAGCUUUCACACAGCGUGGUCGGGAAGAAUGGAAAUUAAAGAGGGUUGUAACUACCUGUAACUGUUCCACCAGGAAAUGGACCGAGUGUUUGCUCAGCCAGACCCAGCACACACAAACGGACCUGGUAAAGGAAAGACGCGGAUGUGAUGCGUGAUGGGAGAAGCCCAUGAGGACUGAAACUGCCAUAACUCAGCCUGUGCAGGGUGCAACCGCCAUGAGCACUGCAGACUGAUGAUGGAUGAGGAGGAAAGCAGAAGGCCCCGUGCUCUGGCUCCCCUGCACCAUGGAUGGGCCACAGCCUGUCCCCUCACCCCUAGUGCCCCUUGAGGACGUGUCAUCAGAUUCUAGCAUGUCUCUGGAGCAGAAAACGACAUUUGUUUUUGUUAUUUUGUUGUUUAUUUUCUUGGGCAUCCUUAUCGUCAGGUGCUUCCGGAUUCUCCUGGACCCUUACAGGAGCAUGCCAACCUCCACCUGGGCUGAUGGACUUGAAGGCCUGGAGAAAGGGCAGUUUGACCAUGCCCUUGCUUAGCAGGGACAGAGCAGGGUCUCCUCCCGAGGCACUGAAGUGCUCUCCGGCUGGGUGAGGAUUCCCUUUAGUCAAUGUUCUCAACAAAUCACAUUUUGACAAUAUCUAGUCCUAGGACCACAAUCCAUUAUGCUAUAAACACAUAGUUGGAUUAAAGACAGUUAAGGAUGUUGGAAAUGGAGGUUUAUGUUAUCUACCCCAGAUAAGGAGGUUUACAUUUCUAUAUUUGCUCUAUAAAUGAAUGAAUAUUGUUGACCGUGUGUGAUUGUGAAACCAAGAGCAUCAAUACUCAUGUAGACUUUGUCAUAAAACCAACCCUAUCUUAUUUGACCAGAGAAUAAAAGGCAAGAAAAGACCUGCUUGUAGCCAACAGAGAUUUCCGUGCUGUAGUCAUGUCUCUCAGGUUGUUUUGUGUGAGGGGCAUCUAGAUCCUCAGUAGAGUGGGGAAGAUUGUGCUGAAUGGACCCAAAGCCGUUACUUGCUUCUCCCAAAGCAGGGAGUGCUGGGAAGCGAUGGGAAAUCCUGGAAGACAUGUCCUUGGUAAAUACGAGUGAGCAUGAUGUUUUAUUUUUCAAAUAAAUCUGAAUAUGGAGGCUACAGAGUUUUAAAACCUAUCUGGUAGGCCAUGUAUAUUCUAUGUAUUCAUAUUAAUAGUGAUAUGCAUAGCAGGAACCAUACCUAACCUGAACUUACUUUCUUUACACAAAUAAUGGAAAUAAUAGGUUGCCACUGUAGCUUCGAAGUUUUUUUUUUUUUUUAAUAAAAAGUUAAUUGUUUAGAGGAGAAGUCUUUAACAGUCUUGAGAGGAAUGUGCAUUUAUGAUUGACUAUAGUCACCAAAUAAAACUUUUCAAGAAACAGAAGUGUCUGCUCUCUUAUUUCACCAGGACUAAUGCACUGAGGCGAGGUGCUGUGCUGAAUGCUGAGGUUUAACAUUUUUCCACGACACAGAGAAAAAAAUGAGCAAAGAGCAUGAAAGGUUAUCCUUCUGCCAUUUCAGGAAGGGCUCCCACAAUUGUCCUGUACAGAUAAACCUAUUCUAAGCCCUCUUUAAGUCCACUGAAGAGGGACACGUUAACACCUCUUAUUCCAACUUUGGUAGGAAAAGUUGUAUCUACACGAAACCCCUUAGGCUGUACUUAUAAUCCAUAGCUUCCAAUUGCCUCCUCAGCUAGUCAUCAUCUUUUCUAAUUACAAAAAAAAUUAAAAGUUGAUUAUGCCUCCAAAGGCAGCCCUUAGCAAAAUAGCUUUCUAGCCUCCUAUAUAUAUAUUUUUUUUUUACAUUCUUCGGUUUCCUGCUGCCUGGGUUCCCCCUCCUCCCCACAUGCCCUCUUGAUUAUUUCCUUUCUUGUUUAUCUUAAUAAAAGAUUUUUUGAAAUAUGAUUUAUAUGCUAUACAAUUUGCCCCUUUAAAGCACACAACUGAGUGAUUUUUAGUAUAUUCACAGAAUUGCACUACCAUCUCAUCACUAUCAAAUUCCAGAACCUUAUACCCAGUCACUACCUUCCUCCUCCCAAUCCUUGGCAACCACUAAUUUACUUUCUGUGUGUACAGAUGGGCCAAUUCUGAAUAUUUUGUAUAAAUGAAAUCAUGC